GUGCAACAGGAAUUCCAGUCUCGAUGCUGGUCUGUCUGUACACGCAUCUGUAACACGUUUAACUGCAUUUUGCAGCAACUGCAGCACUUGCAUUCGAUUGCAGCCUUUCUGUAGGAAGAGGAAAGGCUGCAAUCGGUUAAAAACGUGUUACACCUUAAAACUCAUGAUUUCGGACCACACACCCACAUCUCUAAAGUUUCUCACACUUGAUGUUGUUUGCGAUGCAUCAAAUUUCUUAGCCGCUUUUUUGCUGUUUUGAGAGGUUCACUCAUUCAUUGCAUGAUUCGAUUUAAUUAAUGUAAUUAACGUAAUCAUUCCCAUGGGAGUUGACCGUCCAAUGAGGUUGCUACAUUGUGGAUAUCUUGCCGCUUUGUGAGGCGAUUCUGGGAAGAGUGCACGUGUUUGUGUGGUGAUGGAAUGGGGUUGUGUGUGUGUGAGAUGGUGGAUGGAGACUGUGGUGACAUGGCAACAAGAAACGUGGUUUGUUUUUUGUGCAGCUCCUACGCAGAUUACGUUUGAGAAGGCCGAGCAUAGUCAGACUCUUAAUGAGACGAUGGCGGUUGGUUUAUACCUUACUACAGUGAAGAUAUCUGGGCCAGUCGGCAGCAGUUGCCCAUGCAACAUUCAGAUUCUAUCAACCAACAUCAACUCCCUAACAGCAAUCAUACGAAACAAGCAAGACAAAACCCAACCCAUACCAAUCACCACAGCCGACAUAUUCACCCAGACAAACUUAGAUUACGAACAAGCAGAUCCAAACAAAGUCAGCGGCGGCUCAGUCUCAUGGACACUAACAAUCGAAGGCCAUUCAACAUCAAAACCUUCUCAAAGCGCCACAACUCUCAUAACAGUCACAAUCCUCGACCUCAACGACAACAGCCCGACCUUCUCUCCAACAACUGCCACUACAGCCGUGCCCGAAAACAUGCCAAUCGACUCAACAGUGUUGACCAUCUCGGUCACAGACAAAGAUGCUGCACAAAAUGGUCAAUUCAGUGUGAACUUUAGGGACCAAAGUAUGGAGCAGAUAUUCUCGAUUUUUUAUGUGAGCGAUGGGAUUUUGAUCAUGAACAGGAAGGUGCUUGAUCGUGAGGAUGUGAGUUUGUAUAGUUUUGUACUCGAGGCGGUCGACAUGGGAGAUACACCUCGGACCGGAUCGGCACUCGUUAACAUCACAAUUCUAGACGAGAAUGAUCACACGCCACGAUUUACUCAGUCGGAUAUCAAACUUGUUGCUAAUGAGAAUUCCCCCGUUGGUAUGACAUUGUACUCUCUCACUGCAACUGAUGAAGACAGUGGAGAGAACAGGAGAGUGACGUAUGAGCUCGUCGAGGGCACGACGGAUGGUCUCUUUGUGGUGACAUCGGAUGGUAACAUCAAAGUGGCUCGACAUUUCAAUUACGAGAAUGUCACACGAUUUGUCUAUGAGUUCAGUGUGGAAGCUCGAGAUAACGGGAUGCCUCCACGUUCGUCGAAUGUCACAGUUGUUGUGAGUAUCGCAAACGUGAACGAACACAAUCCACGAUUUCAUCACGACGAUUUGGUCUGGUGGAUACCAGAGGACACGCCCACGGGUUAUCGAGUCGGUCGAGUGGAGGCGACCGAUAUGGACACUGUGGAUCGUAAUCGUUUGGUUUAUUUUAUUAAUAAACCGGGAUUGAUGCCGUUUCGUGUGGAUAACAAAACUGGUGAGAUAUUCACCACACGAAGCGACUUUGACUACGAGUUGGGUCCGAGGGUUUACACCCUCAAUGUGUAUGUUACUGAUGGAGGCUUGCCGACGUCUCGUGAGAGCAACAUUCAAGUCAAUGUGACAAUCACAGACAGCAAUGAAUUCUCUCCGAUAUUCUCUCAGUCGCAAUAUGUUGAGACUAUUGAUCUUCGUGUGGCCCAUCUUAGCUCGGUCGUUGCACGAGUUCGAGCAACCGAUGGAGAUGGGGGCAUGUAUGGUGUUAUACACUAUUCACUAAGUGAAUCGUCGUCUUUCUUCCAGGUUAACUCAGCCAGUGGAGAUGUUAUUCUCAUCAACAGCAGUUUGACUGUCGGAGUAUCAGAGAACAUAUCAAUGAUUGCAUUUGAUUUGGAUGGAAGAAACAGCAGUGUGACAAUCACGUUUAAUGUGAUUAUCAGUCCGACCACUUGGAGUAGCACUCAUACACCUAGUACACUCACACAGACUGUAGCUCCAACUCUAGAGGCAACUGAAGGCAAGGAAACAAGCCUGCCAGUGAUUACUACCACUAGACUUGGCAUGUCUGUUGGUUCUACUUCACAAAUGAGAAGUAUGGCUAUGACUAAAGAGGCUGCAGCAACUGCAUCUUCGACACAGAAAGAAGGUGAAAGCAGCCACUCAUGCAAUCUGAUAGCCAGCACAGGCUUUUUAGUUGUCAGUAUCGUCAGUCUCCUGCUGUUAUGAUCAUCCAUUGACCCCACCCCCACAAAGAUCAAGUAUGUACAUUUAGGUUGUAUUGCUUUCCAGAACGUCAUAUCCACAAAUCAGUCAGCUAACGUUAUCA